CUGUCAGAUGACUGCAGGAAGAGCUUCCUGUUUCCCCGGCGUUGCUGCUCUCUGAAAGGUUGUGCACAGGUUAUUUGGUCCAACUCCCGUUGUUACUGUGGAGCAACUGGUGCUGGACAACACACUCCGAGAACCGGACACAGAGUGUGUGAGGAGGGAGUACCAGGGCCGGCUAGCGGGCUCACCAUGCUCUUAUUCCAGCUGCCAGAGGAUGUUCUCUAUUAUAUCUUGUCUUACUUGGACUACAGAUCUCUCAGUCGCCUCUCUCAAGUCUGUAAAAUCAUUUACCGCUUUGUAAACCGGGACGUUGUGUGGAGAAGGAUCGCCAAAGAGUUUCUAAAUACUGGGAUCAGGCGGGACGGGACGGACAUAUAUCCUCACAUCCCACUGAAGGAGAGAGUGAAGAUAGCUCAAAACUGGUGUGAUGGGGUCUGCAAAAGGGCAAUUCUUCUCAAAUGGAAAACAAAGCUAUUGCCAUGGUUGCAGCUGGAUGGGGAUGUACUGUUUUUAUCUCAGGCUGCUGAAAUUGGAGCAUACCAUUUGCGCAAAGACUCCGGAAGGCUCCAGCGUAAGCCAUUUGAAAUCUACUCAGGCCACACUGGUGAUGUGUGUCACUUUGUUCUGACGGACUCUCAUCUGAUCAGUGGCGGAAGUGAUGGCAAGAUCCUGGUCCACAGUAGGACGAGUGACAUGUCAGUGGAGUUAUCAGGUCAUAACCAGGAAGUCAACUGCCUGGACUCUAAAGAUGGACUCAUCAUCAGUGGAUCCAGAGACCAAACAACACGGAUUUGGACUUUGACUUCCAGCUGCCCCAGAGACACAAUUCCCAUGUAUGACAGAGUGUGGUCUGUUGCUAUUAGUCCCACGCUGAGCUCCUUUGUAACAGGAACUGCCUGCUGUGAAAACUUCUCCCCUCUUCGCAUCUGGGAUGUUGAACGGUUGGAGUGUGUGUACAGUCUGGGCUCAGAGUUUCGUCGUGGGGCCGGUGUGUUGGACAUGGUGUUUGAAUCUCCAUUCCAGCUCUUUACCUGCGGCUAUGAUACCUUCAUUCGACUGUGGGACCUCCGACUCAGCCCAAGGAAUUGUGUGAUGGAGUGGGAGGAGCCUCAUGACAGCGCUCUGUACUGCAUCCAGACCGACGGAAAUCACAUGAUAGCCAGCGGCUCCUCGUACUACGGUGUUGUACGACUCUGGGACAAACGGCAGACUGAAUGCCUGCAGUUCUUCCAGCUGAGCUCAGACCCAGUGAGCAGCCCAGUGUACUGCCUGAGGUUCAGCAGCACUCACCUGUACGCAGCUCUUGCCACCGCCCUGCACUCACUGGACUUUAGACAGAACCCCGUCUAUAUCAGAUGAUACGAACACAAAAACAAAGUUCUAAUUUAUCAGUUCAAUAAAGCUUUCUAUUUUCACAAUAAAU